AUGCCAGACCAGAAGGAUUCAGAGCUUUUCAGCCUCUGCAAGUUCGCUUUUAUCAAGUGUCCUGAAUUGAGCCAGACCGUGAUCGGCAAGCUCGCAGCGACUAUCACCCAAUAUGGCGGCGAGGUCCAGAUUGCCCCCCGCGGCAAAUCGAGGCUCCCGCUUGAUGGUUUAACCCACAUCAUAGCCACCUCAGUCGAUUUUGAAGAGUACACCGAAGCGACAGCAAGAAUGAUUCCUGUCGUUAGACCCAAGUGGAUCUCCGCAUCCUUGACUAAAGGAAGACAAGCCCAAAUACGCCCCUUUACACCAGAUCCCCGAAUGAUCUUCUCUGAUGUCCUACUUUCGUGCGCCGAUAUACCUCCUACUGACAAGGAGGCGAUCAUUGGCGCCACAAUGGCGAUGGGAGGAAUGGACUCGGAUAAUGUCACAAAGCUGACCACACAUAUCUGCGCGCUUUCCAUGGACCACCCGAAAUGUCAGCUGGCCCAGAGCAAGAAGCUGAAGUGCAAGAUUGUUCUCCCUCAUUGGUUUGACGAUUGCUUCAAGUUGGGAAAGCGCAUUUCUGAAGAACCGUAUUGCUUGCCCGACCCCGAGAUAAUGCGUCUCAAUCCCGAAGACUCGGUUAGAGUACCCUCGAGCCAACAUCUUGAGGGCGCUACUUCUGCUCGCCCUGAUUACAUGCCCAGUCCUCCCCCAGAUGCUGGAGGUCGUCCUAUCUUGACUGCAUUUGAGGGCAAAUCGAUUAUGUUGUCGUCAGACUUAUCGAUUAGGGAUCGACUUAGGGAAAUCAUCAAGGGAUUAAUUGAGAAUGGCGGGGGUCGGAUGACUGACGACGUUGAAGAUUGCGACUGGUUUAUCUGCCAUUAUCGCGACGGACCACAAUAUAUACGCGCCUCUCAAGCAGAAAACAAGUGGGUUGGGAACUUGUCUUGGUUGUACCAUAUCAUCACCCAUAACCAAUGGACGGAUCCUCUGAACCGUCUUCUUCAUUAUCCCAUUCCGCGCGACGGGAUCCCGGGGCUCAAAGGAAAGAGAAUCACGGUGUCCAACUACGGAGGCGAGGCCCGUAUAUACUUGGAAAACCUGAUCGUCGCUACCGGGGCGGAAUUCACAAAGACAAUGAAGGCCGAUAACACACAUUUGAUCACUGCCCGAGAGACUGGCGAAAAGUGCGAGGCUGCUAAAGACUGGCAGCUCAAAGUUGUCAAUCACCUUUGGAUCGAGGAAUGUUACGCAAAAUGUGAGAUGCUAGCAGAAGGGGGCAAAAAGUACACAUGCUUCCCAGACCGUACGAACCUUGGAGAGGUUAUAGGCAAAACACCUUUUGAUAAGAGUAAACUGGAAGCUCUAUAUUAUCCGAAGGCACAAGAGGAUAUUCUCCUGCCAACCAGGCGCAAGCGCAAGAUGGCGGAUAUUGCCGAUGAGAAUUCGUAUCAAGAUGGUCCAGCGGAGGGUGUUGUAAUCGGUCGUCAAUCCCACAAGGGGAUUGAUAUUAUGAAGGAUACCGAUGCAGAGUAUGCAGAGAAGACGACCGAUGUGUUUGGAGUACCUGCGCCGGCAAAGGGUCGUACUACAUCAGGCCAGUUCGCGACUCCGGCUAAGGGUCGUUAUGUGCGGACUGGUAAAGAGAACGAGACUCCUUCCACCGUAUCUUCAUCAAGUCGAAGUGCCAAGGACAAAGCACUGAAUAGGCUGUCGGUUCUUGCGCCUGAUAUACAGCUGUACGAGAAGGAAAAGAAGCGAGGGCUUAAGGACAAUCACGGUCUCUGGGGAGGUAAGCGAGCCGCUGAUCACAUCGACCGAGAACAUCUCAAUCGCCGCAGCAUUUCGAGUCCGGUCGCAGCAAACGAGGAGAAAGAUGCCAAGGCGGAUAAGCGGCCGGCGAAGAAAGCGAGACCCUCAUUACCUGAGGUUAAUAUGCGUGUGGUGCUCACCGGAUUCCAGCGAUGGGUCAAUGACAAACAUCGCGAGGAUGCUGAUCGCAAGAAGCUACGUGACCUCGGCAUCGCUGUCGUACCUGACGGUCAAACAUGCGAUUAUCUCGUAGCCCCGCAUUUAGUUCGGACAGUCAAGUUUCUUCGCAAUCUAUCGAAGGGUGCUACUAUCGUAUCUUCAAGCUGGAUCGAGCAAUGUCUUGAUCAAAAGGAACUGCUUGAUCCGCAGGAUUUCGUUCUUAAAGACAAGGAGAACGAGGAUAAGUUUGGCAUUAAGCUAUCGACUUCCGUUCUCAGGGCCCGCAAGAAUGCCGGCAAACUUCUCUGGAACACGCCUAUCUACUGCACGAGUAACAUCAAGAAUGGCCCGGACGGCUAUCGAUUCAUUGCCGAGGCCAAUGGCGCUCUAUUCAUGAUGUAUGGCGCAAGAAGCGGUACAACGAUUAAGCCGACUAGACCUGAAGAGGACGAAGGCGGUCCGGACCCGGUGUAUCUGCUCAGUAACACGAGUCCGGAAGAGAAAAGACUAUGGAAGAAGUUCGAGGACAUGGCUCGAAACGGCAACAUGGAGCCGCGCAUCGUUGCCGCGGAUUGGUUGCUGGACGUGGUAAUGAAUCAGGAGGUAAUGUUCGACGACAAAUACCUGGUGACGAAUUUCUUUACUUGA